AUGGAGAGAAUGAACAGUGACGAUGGUUCUUCAAUUAGAAGGCGUUCGUUGAGUUUGUCAAGUCAUAGAAGUCAUCACACAGAUAAUGAUGUUGAUUGUGAGACUGUUUCAGAAGCCGGUGACAUAGGCGAUCGAGCUCUUCCCAGCAGAAGAUUCAGCGAGAGAAAUAGUUUCCACUCAGAAAAUGGAACCGCUGUUAUUACUAACUCGUCUGUUAGACCUUUGCCGCAACAACUCUUAUCCACCCCGCCUUUUUCUACUGAUGCAACAGUUGCUUCUCAAGACUCAAAACUUGAACCUCCUAAAGGUUUGCCACAGUUACUAGACUAUGUUUCAUUUUGGAAUAAAAACACCGCGAUAGAAGUGAUACCAUUAAGUUAUAUUGAAGACUCUGAAAGCCAAAUUAUUGUUGAGCCAGAUCAGUUUAUUGUAUUGAAGAAGGAGAAUCAUUCAUUUCUCGCUAGAACGAUAGAAGUUUUACGCAAUCUUAUAGUAGAGCUAAUGUCACCACCAGCAAUCGCGACAUUUUUCGGUUUUCUCUUUGGUGCGGUUGCAUGGAAUGGAACAAUUCCUUGCAUCACUCUUUUACUUGGUGGUAACCUCACUCAAGGCUUGAAAUCGUCAAGUGUAAAACCAUCUACGCUCAUCAGCAUCAUCAUAACUCGGCUUUUCGUGCUACCUGUUAUUGGAUUGUUUAUUGUUAAAGCCGCAGCGAAUUUGGGGGUUCUCCCAGUGGAUCCUUUGUUUCAGUACACUCUAGUGAUGCAAUAUGCAAUGCCACCAGCAAUGAAUAUUAGUACUAUGGCGCAAUUGUUUGAUGUAGGAAAUGAAGAGUGUUCGGUUAUUCUGUUAUGGACAUAUAGUGCUGCAGCCAUAGCACUUACUGCUUGGUCAACAUUCCUCUUGUGGCUAUUAUCUUAUUAA